AUGCUGUUUCGCUCCGCUUACGGAUCAGUGCUUAGCCACUUCCGCACAAUGACGAUGGAGACAAAAAGCAUUGUAACAGACACCGGGCGUAAUGUGGUGGUACUCAACGUGCAGAGCCGCGCUACUACCGUUGGGCCCCGCUACGACAUGGAAUAUGUCUUCAUACUGCAUGCCACGCCAGAUGCGAAGGCGCUUCAUCGCAUUGAAGAGUUCAUAGAUAGUGCCACGGCGAAGACGCAGUGGGCGCAGCUGCAGGAAGCCAUUGCUAUGCGGGGGGAAGCGCGGAACGGGUAA